AUGGAAACCAAAGCAAAAAUAGCUAAAGUUGAGGUAAUGUACCUGUUUUCCGUGUUAUUAUCCCUAUCUGCAAAAUACCUAAUGCUUAUUGUUGCCUUAGCAGUCAUCUAACGGAAUGGAAGUCGAUUCUUCAACGAUCAACCAUGUAGAAGGAGACAGCGAGGAGCAAAGUCUGAAACACUCGUCUUCGAAAAAGCCAGAUUCUCGACCGACUGCUUCAGAAAUGACCAGUGCCGAUUAUUACUUCGAUUCUUACGCUCAUUUCGGUAGGUAGCACCUGGUAGAUCUUAUUUUUUAGUCGUUUUAAUGAUCAAGUACUCACUGCGAUUGUUUUGUUUAUAUCUUGACUUCAAAUGAUUCACGGAACUUCUGCAUCCACCGUCACCAUUAGGCAUUCACGAGGUGAGUAGAAUGCAAAAAUGUUGUGUCAAAACAUUAACAAAUAUCAAUGAAUGUUGAAUGUGUGUUUUUAUCGUCUCAACCUCCGUGAUACUCAAAGUCGUUUUGCCCAUGUUUGUUGUUGUGGAUACAUGUGCUACCGGUCUGUAGCAGCUGCGAAUUUGUGAAUGCUGAAAAUUGAUCGAAGCUGUUUCGUCUAAUUGCUUGCUAACUUGAGCAGAUAUAUGCCUAGAAGAUAGGUUUUUUGUCAGCCUUACAGUGGCUAUCCCGGGAGGGGGGGGAGGGGAGUUGAUCACGGGUAACCCCUGGGCAUUCCACAAUUUAAUACGUUUGCAAAUCCCCCCCCCCCAAAAAAAAAGACUUGCAGAAUGUAAAAUGAUUUUAAAACGUGUGAACUGGUUUAGCUUUGUCAGCCAAUGUCUUAUAAAUGUACAUGGUUUUCUGUUUGACAGGCAAAUUUUUUUAUCAAUAUUUUCUGAUAAAAUUGAUAUCCAGUAAAAAGUAACACAAAAUCAAAGGCAGUGUAAUUCUUUUUGUAACGACAAAAUGGCAGGUGUCCAGGUAGUAUAGUAAGCAACUUUGGACUUUCUUUGACCCUGUCUCAACCUUCCCUUUGGCAAGGAAUUCCUGUCAUCUUGUGGCCUGCGUAGCUAGAAUUGAAAUCCGUGCCGUUUCAGAGCAAAGAACGAGGAACGAGAUCAGGCAAAAAAACGGCGCGAGUAAAAGUAGCAGGGAGGGGGAAGGGAGUAAAGGUAAGGAAAUGCUUGCAGACAAACCCCAGGAUUUUGAAAACCGCCCACUUGGCCUGUCAUGCCUGAGUGCGUNAAAUGACCAGUGCCGAUUAUUACUUCGAUUCUUACGCUCAUUUCGGUAGGUAGCACCUGGUAGAUCUUAUUUUUUAGUCGUUUUAAUGAUCAAGUACUCACUGCGAUUGUUUUGUUUAUAUCUUGACUUCAAAUGAUUCACGGAACUUCUGCAUCCACCGUCACCAUUAGGCAUUCACGAGGUGAGUAGAAUGCAAAAAUGUUGUGUCAAAACAUUAACAAAUAUCAAUGAAUGUUGAAUGUGUGUUUUUAUCGUCUCAACCUCCGUGAUACUCAAAGUCGUUUUGCCCAUGUUUGUUGUUGUGGAUACAUGUGCUACCGGUCUGUAGCAGCUGCGAAUUUGUGAAUGCUGAAAAUUGAUCGAAGCUGUUUCGUCUAAUUGCUUGCUAACUUGAGCAGAUAUAUGCCUAGAAGAUAGGUUUUUUGUCAGCCUUACAGUGGCUAUCCCGGGAGGGGGGGGAGGGGAGUUGAUCACGGGUAACCCCUGGGCAUUCCACAAUUUAAUACGUUUGCAAAUCCCCCCCCCCCAAAAAAAAAGACUUGCAGAAUGUAAAAUGAUUUUAAAACGUGUGAACUGGUUUAGCUUUGUCAGCCAAUGUCUUAUAAAUGUACAUGGUUUUCUGUUUGACAGGCAAAUUUUUUUAUCAAUAUUUUCUGAUAAAAUUGAUAUCCAGUAAAAAGUAACACAAAAUCAAAGGCAGUGUAAUUCUUUUUGUAACGACAAAAUGGCAGGUGUCCAGGUAGUAUAGUAAGCAACUUUGGACUUUCUUUGACCCUGUCUCAACCUUCCCUUUGGCAAGGAAUUCCUGUCAUCUUGUGGCCUGCGUAGCUAGAAUUGAAAUCCGUGCCGUUUCAGAGCAAAGAACGAGGAACGAGAUCAGGCAAAAAAACGGCGCGAGUAAAAGUAGCAGGGAGGGGGAAGGGAGUAAAGGUAAGGAAAUGCUUGCAGACAAACCCCAGGAUUUUGAAAACCGCCCACUUGGCCUGUCAUGCCUGAGUGCGUGCACUGACAUUUGAUGCUAUCAUCAGCUGUCAUAAAUUGACCAAUAAAAUGUUUGGCCCUCCGUGGGAGCGGAAGUGAACUUUUGAGGAUGCAUGUGAACCCAAAAUAUAGUUUCUUUGUAUUUGGGAAGCAACACGUAGAUGGCGGGAAUGGAGAAGUCUCAAUUAAUCCAAACAAUCAAUGCAGGCUUUGUAAUUGCAGCUUCAAGGGUAAAUUUAUCUUCUUAAUCCGUCUCAAAGGAAGGUCCGCCGGGUUAUGUUUUGAAGUUUUAGCUCAAAACCUCCAGGAAGAUUUUAGGUGGUAAAAUGUGACAAACAGGUCAAAGCUCAGCUUGACAAAAUGGCAUAUCAUUCUUGCCACGGUACAGAACGACUAGAGUUGCUCUUGUAAAAGCAACUAAGAACAAAACCAACCCAGCAACUGAUGAAGUUUGAGUGGAGAACCAAACCCAUGGUCUUGCAAGUUUAAUUAGACAAAAUAUGCCUAGAGUUAAUUAUACAUCCUCUGAAAUGAGUAUGUCCAGCAAUGUGACAGUAGGUUAAAUUGCGAAAAGCAGUUGGAACAUCCAUUCUAUUUCAAAAUCAUUGCAUGCAUCAUUUUCAAGUGCAAAGUUAUGUACAUGAAUGUAAUGAGCUGUGACGUACCCCAACUUAAAUGUACCUUCAAGAGUAUUUUUUUUUCACAUUUAACAGGAAAUGAUCAAAGAUGAAGUGCGCACGACAACAUACCGGAAUGCAAUGUACUAUAACAGACACCUGUUUCGUGAUAAGGUUGUUCUUGAUGUGGGAUGUGGAACAGGGAUUUUGUCAAUGUUUGCUGCUAAGGCUGGAGCAAAGCAUGUAUAUGCUGUGAGUACUAUUGUACUUUGAAGACUAUUUUUUUCUCAGUUACAAUGAUGAAUAAUCAAUCCUUGAAAUACAUCUCAAGCUAAUUGCAGGCCAUUUAAUUAAGACAUGAGAGAUAUCUCUAUUUUACCCCCAUUCUACAAAAAAAAUUUAACUGCAUGACUUACAGAUGAAUAGAGCUCGACAGUAUUCAUGAAUUUGCAGACUUAUAUAAAUGUUGCUCUGUACUGUUCAUGUAAUGUAAAUAAUUAAUUUUGCAAUUUGAUAUACAUGGCUCAUUUCAUAGUUUAAUCAUAUUCUUGUAUGUAUUUCACUAGCCAUAUCAUUAGCUCUUAUACUCAUUCAUAUUGAUGUAAAACUUCUAUAUUUCCUUAGUUUUAUUUAUUUUGUACUUAUUUAAACUUUGUAUAUUCUGAAUCUUAUGCUUUUUAUAAUUUUAAUUUUGAUAGAGGGCCACAAGUUUACUAGUUGCUGUAACUAUUUCAUGCUACCCUCUUUUGAUAAAUUGUAUUAUUAUUAUUAUUAUUAUUAUUAUUAUUAUUAAUGGCUAUACACUACCAUAAGUUGAUUUUCCUCUCCUGUAAGUGAUCUUUCAGGUCGAAAUGGAGGUGAAAACAAAAAAUUCUGUUAAAACCACAAUAAGGUUGUUUUAUUCCAUACAGUACUGAAAUCAACUUAAUCUACUUGCAGCAGUUUGUCCAGUGUUUUUGGUAGUGGCAGUGACUAACAGUAAUAUUGAAUUACAGGUAUUACAUGUUUCCACUCUGUUUUUGUUUACAGGUUGACUUUUCUUCUAUUAUUGAUUACGCCAAACAAAUAAUCAAAGACAACAACUUUGAAGGAGGUAAACAUUACUGUUAGACGUUUUCCACACAGUGAGGUUGUUUUCCUCAUAAUAUGUUGUAACAUUUUUGCAAAGUUUUUUUACAUCUUUCUCGCAUCCUAUGUGUAUCAGAUGUCCUGUUUCUUAUGCAUAUCAGAAUCGUUUGAGAUGUUUACACUGUAGUUAAAUUUCAAAGUUGUUUUGUUCAUCUCUUCAACCAAUAACUCAAUUCAAGGAAACAAAAUCAGACAAAAGGUAAUGCCAAAUGCUCUGUGGGUGAAUUAAAGGACACGUAAAAAUCCCAGUAACUGUGGGCUGCUAAGAAAAAAAGGCCUGGUUGCCUUGCCUCUUAAUUAAAUGCAUAUUAAAUUCUGUGAUGUCUGAAAGAAACCCUUACUGGAUUUGCGGAUAAAUGUUUUCGAAUUAAUUUGUAUUAUUUUAUUUGUACUUGUAGUCAUCACCCUUAUUAAAGGCAAAAUUGAAGAAAUUGAACUGCCUGUUGAAAAGGUUGAUAUCAUUAUUAGUGAAUGGAUGGGAUACUGUCUGUUGUAUGAAUCCAUGUUGGACACUGUGUUAUUUGCCAGGGACAAAUGGCUGGUGAGUGGCCAUCUAAUUACCAUACUUAGACAACUACAUCUAUCUCAGGCAAUGACCUCCUUUUUAACUCCAAAAUACUUGUAGAUUAUGGAGUACAAAAUAAUAAUAAUAAUAAUGAUGAUGAUGAUGAUAAUGAUGUGUUUAAUGUUCCCGUUGCUAUUAUGUAUGCAUGCACAGCACAUAUAGUCAGCUUUGUUAGUCUCGCUUGGGCAAGCAGUGAGACUCAUAAUCUACUUAAUACAAAGAAAAUAAAACCACUUGCACACAAAAUGACGGUUGUGGUCCCAGGUAUUUGUGGCGGCGAUUUUGAAAACUGGGAUUAAGAAUUUUUGUGUGACUGAAGCCACGCAUGUUUUGCAAAGAAUGCUUAGGAAAGAUUAAAUUUGGAGCUUUUCUGGAAUGGGUCAGUCCACGAAUUCUAUCGGCUGGAAAGCAUUGAUUACUUUGGAAUAAGUGAACACUAGGUCGAAAAUAAAAGAAGAAUCUUAAUUAGCAAAAACUUUGAUCAUGAGUGUUGUAAACUUUCAUUGUAUGCAAAUGAGUCUAAUGUGAUGCAAUAUUUUCGGUGAUGGUUGAAAUGACGCGCCAUGUUCUCAUCACAUUUCUCUCAAAUCAAGGUCCUUCAAUUUGCGUGUAAUUAUACAGGCAUGUAGGCUGUGACUGCAGACGUAUUUCCAGUUGUCUCUAACACGCAUACUAAAUCAAUUCAGAAACAAAUCGUCGAAUACAGUAUAAAAAGUACCAUUGAUAAAUUAAAGUAGGAAGUGUAAAAGCUUUAGCGGGUAAAUUAUCGUGUUUCGUGGUUAAUUAAUCACCUCAUUUCUUUAUCUUAUCUAGUCUCCAAGCAAGCAAGACUAAAUGCCAGUUUUAAGAGCGUUCUUGUUUAUAAUCCCAAUCUGCUCACGCGCAUUUGGAUCUUCCAUUACUCGUAUUUUUGACCAUCUACGUGUGAAACUUAGAUGCAAAGUAUUUUGUCUCUUGCACUCCUUAACCUUUAAUUAUUACUAGUAAUAGUAAUAAUAAUAAUAAUGGUAGUGAUAAUAAUACAUGUAUAAAAAUGUUCAAUGUACAUGUAGCUCCUUUUUCAGUCCUUAUACCAUGCAAAGCAUUUAUACAAAUUUAAAUUUACUACACCCCAAGUUCCAGACAAUUCAUCGAUUACUUGGUGACAAUUUUCUUGACUACAAGGUUAACUGUUGAAACUGCCGUGAAUGAAUCUUUUUUCUGAUGAUGGAGUUGAGUUUAGUAAAGAAAGGCUGCACUCCUGUAAAGUACUGUGAGGAGAAUAUUUUUUCUUUUUAAUGCUAAUGGCCCAACGAAAGUUACAGGUAUGUCACUGUACCUGAUUGUAGCUCACAUGUUACCAUCUUCACUUAAUUGCAGAAACCGGGUGGGCUAUUGUUUCCAGACAAAGCACAACUGUUUGUCUGUGCCAUUGAAGACAGGCAGUACAAAGAAGAUAAAAUCUAUUGUAGGUUGUUGUUGUUGUUUACUUCCUCUCUUCUGGUUGAUUUAGCUGUUUAUAACCAUUUUUAGCUUAAAUCCUGUACAGUUCUUUGGUUCUGUUGCUUUUGUUUGCCUUUUCUCAUCCGCAUUUGUUUCCCUGUUGUCUUUGUGUACCUGUUAUGCUUCCUUUUUUUUUUAUCAAAAACCUGAGUCAUGUUCUAAUGCAAGCUUUGAAGUUGUACUUUCCUGUCAUACUUUUUAUUACUGAUGUGCAUUAUUAAUUUAUUUUUUGUCCACUGGGUGCUUUUACACAGUCAGUAAUUUUAUUAGGCUUCCAUUGUAAGUAAGUUGUUUGCAGAUGAAGUAGUACAGGCACGGGGCUGCUCAUCAUGCAGUGUUGUCCUGCAUGUUGUGAUUCUGGCCAGAGUGAUUACAGCUAGUGCAAACAUAAAAAUUGUGCAUGUACAUAUAUAGUAGUUUUAAGCAAGAUUUCUUAAAAUGAAUGACCUUUUUGCAGGGUGGGACAAUGUAUAUGGCUUUGACAUGAGUUGCAUCAGAAACGUGGCCUUAACUGAACCGUUAGUUGAUGUAGUGGAGGCAAAACAAGUGGUCACUAACUCAUGUGUAGUGAAGGUAAGGCUAAUGCACGUAGUAGGUGACACCCACAUGUUCAAGUAUAUGUAAGGGGCUACUAUACAUGUACAGUGUAGGUACCAUAUGUGUAUGAUGUUUUUUGAUGGUAUUGCAAAUAGGUUUACUUUUUCUUGCAACACUCGAAAGAGUGUUACGAAACAUUCAUUGUACAUAUAGGAUAUGCAUACAAAGAUGUAUAUAUAACAAAAAUAAGGUCCAGUGAAGCAUAAUAAUAUUAUUUUCUUAACUACAGCUGUAUAUGUACCUUCAGGGUUUUGGAUAAUAUAUACAGCGCUAGCUGUACCUGUAGUCUGUAUUUGUGAUGUAGACUUCAGUACUUUGCUACAUAGCCACUACAAGUACAUUGUAUGACCAAGCUUGAAUACUUAAUUUUUGUAAUAAAUGUAAUUGAAAAGGAAUUUUUUUUCUGCAACAGGAAAUUGACCUGCAUACAGUGAAGAAGGAAGACCUAUCAUUCAGUUCCCCUUUCCAGCUGUACUGUCGACGAAAUGACUACAUCCAUGCUCUUGUUGCUUUCUUUACUAUUGAGUUUACACACUGCCACAAAAGAACGGGAUUCUCUACUGGUAAAUCAUCUUCUGUAUACAAAAUGUCUGGGGCCAUUUUUCAUGCAUAAAGUUACACUUUACCUUCAUGUUAUAUAGCACAGUGAUAACUAAAAUGUAGCGUGACUUCUUGCAUCGAGAAAAAUGUAUUUUUUGAUGCAACAGGUUACUCUAAUUUUCCUGGUACAACAGGUCACACUUCAUUUUCAAAUUAUGCAGCACGCUGAGGGCCACAGUUACCUCUUUUUAUUUUGCCAAAUUUCUUUUGACUAGAAAAAAAAAUAGAGUGAUAAAAAUUAAUGACAAGCAAAGACAAGAGUAUAAUAGACUCUUUUUGUUUGAGAACUUGAAUCAAACAGUAUUUUUGUAUCCCACCUUCAGAAUUAUUGUUUUUCUUACAGACAUUAUGGACUUAUGAAGUGCUUACAUGGUGUUUCAGUUUCUAUGGAAACAGAAAAAUAGUUGUUUGGUGCAGUCACACCCUGUGCAUGACUUCAAGAGUUCAAUAUUAAUGUUAGUGUUUUAUUAUAGCUCCUGACUGCCACUAUACCCACUGGAAGCAAACUGUAUUCUAUCUUCACGACUACCUGACUGUCAAAUAUGGGGAAGAAUUAAUAGGAGAAUUCAAAAUGAAACCUAACCCAAGAAAUAAUGUAAGUACAUGAAUACACAUCUUUGUCACUGCUGGUCCUGUUUUUAAUGCACUUCCAUAUCUCAGUGUAUUCCAAUGAAGACAAAAUUAUUUCUUUAUUAUUUUCUUUAGUUUUUAAUGCACUUCCAUAUCUCAGUGUAUUCCAAUGAAGACAAAAUUAUUUCUUUAUUAUUUUCUCAUGAACUAAGGAGUCAUCUAAUUUGAACCCCAGGAGGGCUGGGUACAAGUCUGUUUAUUGUGGGAUAAACAAAAUGAGACCCUCGGCUUGAAAUUAGGCAAUAAUGUUAUAUUGUCAGGGUUCGCACACACCUUGUAGGUCCUUGAAGGUCCUUGAAUUUUAAGAUAAAAAUUCAAGGCCUUGAAAGUCCUUGAAAAUUGCAGUCAGUGCUGGUAAGUCCUUGAAUUUUAAUGCUAAGUUUAUACUUAAAAGAAAAAGGAGCAACAGAGAAAGACUUUCGGGAUAAAAUUACUCACAUGUGGAUGAACUAAAAAAGACAUGGAUUCAAGGCUCUUUUUUUGCACUGAAUGUGUGAUUAGGAGCAAAGAUGAAAUAUGCCAUGGAGUCCUUGAAAAGUGGCAAAUGUGUCCUUGAAGUUUUUGUUCAAAAAAGGGGAGUGAACCCUGUAUUGUUAUUGAGAGACUUUUCUUGAAAUCUGAUUUCAGCGUGAUCUGGAUUUUAACAUCAGUGUGGACUUCAGUGGCGAGCUCUGUAACUAUCAAUCUACAGCUAACUACAGAAUGCGAUAG